AUGAAGAUUUUACUAGGUGCUUACUUUCUAUAUGCUAUCGCAGGAUGUGCAAUGGCAGGGAGUGAAGGGAAAAAUACCAGAGAGCAUUUGUUUGCAGAAAUGAAGAAUGCAGGCGGAUCCUUUGACUACAUCUCACUUAAAAACAUAAAAGGUCUUAUGCCUGCUGGAUACGAAUUGAGACAGAUGAUGGAUGCUCAGGAUGUUAUUUCGCUCAGAUUCUCGCCCAGACACUUGCGCUUUUUUGAAUUUAUACAGAGGGGCCCUUCGGAGAUUGGGAGCAAAGAGUGGUAUUAUAGAGCACAGGACAUUAGCUCGUUUGAUAGCAUUUCCGAGGUUGUUCGGGUGUUUAUGGAUGAUGCCUGCCAGUACCCAAUCUAUAAAGGCAGAUAUAUUGAGGCUGAGCUUGUGAAGAGAACAGAAAAGAUCCUGGAGGCACAGAAAAACUACUGGCUUGGGUAUAUGCUGGUGUCAGCCAUGAGCAGUAUUCCCGAAUUUUUGGAGGUGGUGAGAGUGCAAAACAAAAGCGUGUUUUUUGAUACUAGCUCAGAUGAGGCUUUUUCGAAGUUCAUUUCUCAUUUCUGCGCAAAUGUAACGGGAAUGUUUUUGAAAGAGAAAACUCUGUUUGAAGAGACUAUUAAUUUCUUGAAGGGAGAAAACUACAAUGCGAUGUGCAGUUUUCUGCUCGAGUUCUUUGAUAUCUUUAAAGGAAACCUAACAACUUUGGAGGACCGUGUUGCCUAUAUGGUAGGUCUUUUAAACGAUAAGUGUGUUGCCGAAGUGUUCAGAAUGUAUAGACAGUACCGAGAGAAUCCAAACAUUAUCAAACUAGUGAUUUCAACUGAUCUUAUCAAGAACUUUGUGUCUGAUGCAGGAGCAGUUUUAUACUUUAAGUCGCCAUUUGCAUCGGUUGAAAAGAGACAGGAAGUAGAGAUAAGAAACUACAUAGAUUAUUUUAUAAGGGAAAUGAAGAAAGAAGGAGAGACAGCUGGAAAUACUCCGAAAAAAGAGGUCUUGAAAGAAAACAAGUACAGUAUGCAUGAUGUAGAUUCUAUGCUUAGACCAUAUGAUGAAGAAACAUACUUAUUAGUAAAAAACCUGAGUAGCAUAGUAGAGGAGAAUGGGAGUACUGUUAAAAACGAAGAAAACAGAGAGAAUGCAGAAGAGUCUGAAUUAGAUUCAAAGGACGAGAGUAAAAAAGAGCUCCAUAAAGAAGAAAAGAAAAAGAAUAAAAAACACAGGAAAUCUAAAGAAGACAAAGGCAUGAGCUGGUUUAAAAAGAAACUGGGAAUGAAAAGCUCUGAUGCAAAGAAGACAGAUGCAUCUCUCGAUCAGGUAGAUAAUGUAACGAUGAAAGAAGAUGCAUCGGAAGAUGAAAGGUCUGAAGAUAGAAGCACUACUCAAGAUACAAACGAAAAAUCAACCUUACCAGGGGAUAGCUACAAACAGGAGAGUAUAGCGGACGACAGCAAGAGUAAAAGUAAAAGCACAGUUCCAAAUGCCACAGAGAUUCUGAGCCUAAUGAACAUUGAAAGACAAAAGAAAACAGACAAUGAGUAUAGUAAACACAAAAAUAAAAGCUUGCCACCAAAUGCCACUGCAUCCCAGGACUUAAUUACAACAGAGGCAAGACAACAUAGUGAAAUGCCUCUACCGUCUAGCAAAAUGAAGAGAAGUGCUUUGAUGAUGGAAAAGAGCACAAGAGAUGCAGAUCUUAUGUACAUGAAUGACUACGAAAGAGAUGGGCCUGUGCUAGUGGAUGUUGACGCUACAGACAUGAGAAAUAGCGUUGCACAGUCUCUAGGCUACAAUGAAUACGGAGGAGUGUAUAACUACGCUGAGGAGCAGCCUGCUGACCGAUACACAGACACUUCUCUGGAGAUAAAUAGGACUGUGUCCAGAAGCCAAGCAAAUAACCCGCUAAUAAAUAAUGACUUCUCGAAUGAUGCAUAUUUGCACUCAAGAAACAGAUACAACCACUCGCCUGCCUCUUCAGUCAGCAAUGUAAGCGAAAGAGCACAUACUAUCAGAAACGCCAAAGAAGAUGUGAUUACCCAUAGCAAAGAGGUGCUGGAGGCUAUGGAGGGUGGUGAAUCAUUUUUAAAUGAGAUGGAAGAGACAAAUAGGUCUGAUGUGUAUGUAUGGGAUUCGAAUGUGUUCAAUGAAGUGUAUGCUAAUGAUAUUGACGAGAUAAGAGAAAACAACGAACUCCGCACCACCAAUUCCUCGCGCCAGUCAGAUCGAUACAUAAACGUGGCUGGUGUGGAUAUCAAGUUUUUCGGUCCCAGAGAAGGAGUUGAUCUAAAAGAAGAAGUGUGGAGGCGAACAGCUGAAAGGAACGAUGAGCGCAUGAAAAAUGCAAGGUCCAGUUCAUUUCCUGAUUUAGCGCAUACUACAGCAUUCCAUGAGCUUAGCAGCUAA